UUAUAUUUUUGUCUGUUUUCUGUAUAUUUAAAAUUAAAAGUCAUUUGUGAUUUAAAAGAAGAUUGCUGCGUAGCAAUGAGCGAUGUUAAAGAAACUCCGUGUAGGCUUUGCCUUAAAAAUAUAUCCGAUAAAAGUUUUGAAGUGAUAGACAGCAUUAUCAGAAAUAUUCUAGAUGUUCUUUUGCUUAAAUUGAAAUUUGAAGUUGAGAGCAAAGAGGUUAUAUGCGACGCUUGCAGGACAAAGUUAAAUGCGGCGUCAGAAUUUAAGUCCGCUUGUCUAAGUACCAAUAACACAAUUAUUCCUUAUGUGGAUAACGAAAAAAUGUUACAGCUCGACUUAAGAGAAGUGUACAUGCAGGAAAAGAGAAGUGAGUUAGUUGAUAUUUCGUGCAGUCAGAAAUUAUGUCGAUUGUGUAUGCGUCCAGUAGAAAAUGAGUUUAGGUGCAUAAGUGAAGAGGAACUUGAAGCUAUUGAGAAAUUGGCUCCUGAAAUAAUUAUAAACAUCGUUAAAGAUCCCAUUGUAUGUAAUCCGUGCUUUGAUUCUCUGUGCACUCAUAACAGUUUCCUAGAAGAUUGCUUAGAGGUAGAAGAAAAAAUUAAAGGCAGCCAAGCUACAGAAAGUCAAACAGAAGCGUUGCCAUCCUAUGUAUUCGUUAAGACUGAAAACUUGGACAAUGGAUUCGAUAUUAACGAGAUGGAAAUGUCGAUCAAAGCUGAAUGUGUCGACAUAAAAUCGGAAGAUGAGGAAAGGAGCUACACGCCACUGCUGAGCUACAGUAAAAGUGAAGAAGAGGAUGAAUGUAAACAGGAGAACGGAUCAGCAAACGAAUGUAAUGCGAAAGCCAAACAUCAGGUGAAAUACGAACAACUGUACAAAUACAACUUUUGUGAUUUCAAAACAAAGCAGGUGACCAGCUUUAAUAGUCUUUAUAUGAAACGCAAAGACUCCAACAAAUGUGAUGAGCGUGAUAAAACCAUAUACAACUCACUGACACAUAAAGAUGCUUCGCAACUGCCAAUUUAUAAAUGCAAAGUUUGCAACUAUAAAUCAAAGAAAAAGAUACUUCUUAUGAAUCAUCAGUUGGUACAUAAGGAUCCUUCACAGGUCAAAAUGUACAGGUGUAAUGAGUGCGAUUACGAAACUAAAUACAAAUAUGUUAUCGCAAAUCACCAACUGAAGCAUAAGGAUACCUCUCAGGUUCAAAUGUACAGAUGUAACGACUGCGAUUACGUAACUAAAUACAGCCGCCAUAUGAAACAACACCAAUUGAAGCAUAAAGAUCCUUCUCAGAUUCAAAUGUACAGGUGUAACCACUGCGAUUAUGAAAGUAUAUACAGUAGUUAUUUCAAAAAGCAUCAAUUGAAGCACAGAGAUCCAUCUCAGGUUCAAACGUACAAGUGUAACCACUGCGAUUACGAAACUAUAUACAAGAGUUAUAUCAAAAAGCACCAAUUGAAACAUAAAGAUCCCUCUCAGGUCGAAAUGUACGGAUGUAACGACUGCAAUUACGAAACUAAAUACAAAAAUACUCUCAAAAAGCAUCAAUUGAAACAUAAAGAUCCCUCUCAGGUCGAAAUGUACAGGUGUAACGACUGCGAUUACAAAACCAAACAUAGGGAGAAUAUGAAACUACACGAACUGAAACAUAAAGAUCCUUCACAAAUUAAAAUGUACAAGUGUAACGAAUGCGAUUUUGAAACUAAAUACAAGAAUUAUGUCAAACGGCAUGAACUGAAACAUAAAGUUCGUUCAUAAGUUAAAAUGUACAGGAAAAAUGAUUGCAGCUACGGGAAAUACAAGAGCAAUAUUAAACAUCGUGUGUUGAAGCAUAGAAAUCCUACACAAACGCAAAUGUUCUGGUGUGUGUAUAUGAGUAUGCAAUGUCUGUGAAUAUCGGUGUAUUAGAAACAUUUCAUCCUUCAUCUGUUGACGCAAAGAUGCUUGACAGGUUCAAAUGCAUCGAUGGGAUUUUGAAACCAGACAUAUGAAGUCUGAGGAAACGUUAACUGAUGUACAAAAAAUGUU